AGCUCUGGAAUAACAGAGGAGAAACAGAGUGGACACACCAACAACGAGUUCUGGAAAACAGAGAGAGAGAAAAGAGAAGAGAAGAGAGGAGAGGAGAGAGAGAGACAGAGAGAGAGAGAAACAGAGAGAGAGAGAGAGAGAGAGAGAGAGAGAGAGAGACAGAGAGAGAGACAGAGAGAGUCAUGGGACCUUUGAGAUUAUAAACUCCUUGUUUUUGCUGCUGUUUAAAAGGUUACCGAACAAAAACAUCAAUUGGACUACUAAACUACUAACUAGGAUUUUGUCUAGCUGGUAUGGAUAUAUCUGAGUCUAGUUUCUGUCGUGAGGCCAGUUCUCUGCCAGGCCAGGAUGGAGCCGGUCAGCGUCCAUGGGUGUCUUCCCCCAGCCCGGGUCCUGAUCGUGGGCUAAGACCCUUCGACCAGACCCCCCUCUCUGAAGGAUCUGGAGACUGUGGCCCCACUGGGUCCCGUAAAGAGGCCGGUACAGGAGCCCCAGGGAGUGGACCAUGGACAGGGGCAGGUAGUCCUGAUUUGACCCACUCAGGAGCACCGUCCUUGGGUAGCGGAGAAGGGAAGUCAGGGAGUGAGUCGAGGAUCCGUCGGCCCAUGAAUGCCUUCAUGGUGUGGGCUAAAGACGAGAGGAAACGACUGGCCGUUCAGAACCCAGACCUCCACAAUGCUGUCCUCAGCAAGAUGCUGGGUCAGUCGUGGAAGGCCCUGACUACACUGGACAAGCGUCCCUUCGUUGAGGAGGCCGAGAGACUCCGCCUCCAACACCUGACGGACCACCCCAACUACAAGUACCGGCCCCGUCGCAAGAAACAGGCCAAAAAGCUCAAACGGGUGGAACCGGGCCUACUGCUCCACAGCCUAGCCCAGGGAGAGACAGGGGAGGUCUAUGGACACCCACAGGAUAGUUAUGUACAUCCAGGCCACCAUCACCCCCAUCACCACCUCUUGCCUCCUCUCGUCCACUUUAGGGACCUUCACUCAGGGGACCUGGAGAGCUACGGCCUGCCCACACCGGAGAUGUCCCCUCUGGAUGUGAUGGAGGAGAACGGAGGGGUGUUCUUUCCCCCUCACAUGCAGGAGGACACGGGCCUGCAUGGCGCUUGGAGUAACUACCAUCAUUAUAACAAACACCAUCACCACAACCCUCACAACCCUCACAGUAAUCACCCCCGUUCUUUUAGUCAGAGUCAGCGUCAUAGUCAGGGGCAUAGUGGUCAUGAUCAUCGUCUUAGCCAGAGGGGCUCCUUGCUCUGUCGUCGUCCCCAGGAGAAGGGCCUCAGCCUGGCUCCGGAGCCUACGAACAGUCCCAGUCUGUACUCCAACCCCCAGGGCUCCUCUAUAAGCCUGUCGGAGCAAGUCAAACCUCAUCUUUCUAUCAGUAGUUCCUCUGUGUCCUCUGGUUACUAUAGUUACCUGUAUAGUAGCUCUGGAUCAGACACCAACCAGUCAUCCCACUUCACCUCUCACCUGGGGCAGCUCUCUCCCCCACCUGAGUCCUUAUCCCUGGCCCCUACAUCCAACCCCUUAGCCCCCCAGUCCCUGGACUCUAUACGGGACCAGCCAGGCCAUGGUUCCUUAGGUCCUACAUCAACAGAACUCUGGACAGAAGUGGAUCGACAUGAGUUUGACCAGUACCUCAGUGCUAGCCGGACUCGAACGGAGGAGCACGGGGGUACUCUCGUCCCUGUUUCUAACUCUUUAGAACGGUACGGGGGUGGAGCUAUAGCCCUGAGGAGGAGCCCUGUCGCCUGUGAGGAGAGCCAGAACAGUCCUCUAAUUUCACUUCUGUCUGAUGCUAGUAGUGUUGUCUACUACAGUACCUCUAUCACUGGCUAGACUCCUGGUCUUAGACUGACUUAGUGUUCAGAUGUUCGCUGUAGUCUGGAAUAGUCCAGUACAGCCUACCAGACCUGUGGCUCAACGGUAUGUUAAAAAAAAAAUACAAACUUUUCAUUCUUGAGUGACCCUUGAUGUAGUUUGCACUACGAAAUAGUAACAAACGUACAAACACUAAACUUAGGCAAGCACACCUCAACAACAAACAAAAAACAAAAAAAACGUUCAAGUAUUUGAAAGAAUUGGACUUUGAAGUAUUUGCCACAGGUCUACAGUUGAGGACUUGAUGACGUUCAGGGUCAGGUUGUUUUAUAGUCUGCAACAGACUACUGCAGACCACUAAAGAAUACUGAGUUCUUCUACUUACUGCCUAGACAGGCAGAACAUUUAUAAGGACAAAACUGCUCAUUUUUUAUCAUAGCCAUUUUUAUACACUUCCUGUUUCCCGUUGUUUGUUUUAUUUGUGUUGAAUGAUUUGCACUGGGUCAAAAACGUGUGCAUAGGAAGACCACUAUGGUAUAACACUUUGGGUAACUCAUUAUCUUGACAAUCCAUCUUGAGAUGCUCAACAGACCAUUUACAAGCUAUCAGAAACAUUUCAACUAACUGUCUACUAACCCUAACCCUUAUCCUAACCCUUAUCCUAAACCUAACCCUUAUCCUAAACCUAACCCUUAUCCUAACCCUAACCUUAACCCUAACCCUUAUCCUAACCCUAACCUUAACCUUAACCCUAACCCUAACCUUAACCUUAACCCUAACCCUAACCCUUAUCCUAAACCUAACCUUUAUCCUAAACCUAACCCUUAUCCUAACCCUUAUCCUAAACCUAACCCUUAUCCUAACCCUAACCUUAACCCUAACCCUUAUCCUAACCCUAAUCCUUAUCCUAACCCUAACCCUAACCCUAACCCUUAUCCUAACCUUAACCCUAACCCUUAUCCUAACCCUAACCCUAACCCUUAUCCUAACCCUAACCCUAACCCUAACCCUUAUCCUAACCUUAACCCUAACCCUUAUCCUAACCCUAACCCUAACCCUUAUCCUAACCCUAACCCUAACCCUAACCCUUAUCCUAACCUUAACCCUAACCCUAACCCUAACCCUUAUCCUAACCUUAACCCUAACCCUUAUCCUAACCCUAACCCUAACCCUUAUCCUAACCCUAACCCUAACCCUAACCCUUAUCCUAACCUUAACCCUAACCCUUAUCCUAACCCUGACCUUAACCCUAACCCUUAUCCUAACCUUAACCCUAAGCCUUAUCCUAACCCUAACCUUAACCCUAACCCUUAUCCUAACCUUAACCCUAACCCUUAUCCUAACCCUGACCUUAACCCUAACCCUUAUCCUAACCUUAACCCUAAGCCUUAUCCUAACCCUAACCUUAACCCUAACCCUUAUCCUAACCUUAACCCUAACCCUUAUCCUAACCCUGACCUUAACCCUAACCCUUAUCCUAACCUUAACCCUAACCCUUAUCCUAACCCUAACCUUAACCCUAACCCUUAUCCUAACCUUAACCCUAACCCUUAUCCUAACCCUAACCCUAACCCUAGCCCUUAUCCUAACCCUAACCUUAACCCUAACACUUAUCCUAACCCUGACCUUAACCCGUACCUUUAUUCUAAACCUAACUGAAACCUUAGCAAGCAGUUGCUCAGCAACAGAUAGUUUGUUGAUAGUAUGACCGUCUAUAGACCAUCUAUAGAACAUCUGUAGACCAUCUAUAGACUGUCUGUAUCUAUAGACCAUCUGUAUACCAUCUACAUACCAUCUAUAGACCAUCUAUAGAACAUCUGUAUGCCAUCUACAGACCAUCUAUAGACCAUCUGUAGACCAUCUGUAGACCCUCUAUAGAGGAUCUGUAUCUAUAGACCAUCUGUAUCUAUAGACCAUCUAUAGAGGAUCUGUAUCUAUAGACCAUCUGUAUACCAUAUACAGACCAUCUAUAGACCAUCUACAGACCAUCUAUAGACCAUCUGUAGACCAUCUAUAGAGGAUCUGUAUCUAUAGACCAUAUGUAUCUAUAGACCAUCUAUAGAGGAUCUGUAUCUAUAGACCAUCUGUAUCUAUAGACUAUCUGUAGACCAUCUGUAUCUGCAGACUAUCUGUAUCUGUAGAUCAUCUAUAGACCAUCUGUAUCUAUAGACCAUCUGUAGACCAUCUGUAGACCAUCUAUAGAGGAUCUGUAUCUGUAGACCAUCUGUAUCUAUAGACCAUCUAUAGAGGAUCUGUAUCUAUAGACCAUCUGUAUCUAUAGACCAUCUGUAUCUAUAGACCAUCUGUAGACCAUCUGUAGACCAUCUGAAGACCAUCUGUAUCUAUAGACCAUCUGUAUACCAUCUGUAUCUAUAGACCAUCUGUAUCUAUAGACUAUCUGUAUAACAUCUGUAUCUAUAGACUAUCUGUAUACCAUCUGUAUCUUUAGACCAUCUGUAUCUAUAGACCAACUGUAGACCAUCUGUAUCUAUAGACCAUCUGUAGACCAUCUGUAUCUGCAGACCAUCUAUAGACAAUCUGUAGACCAUCUGUAUCUGUAGACCAUCCAUCUAUAGACCAUCUGUAGACCAUCUGAAGACCAUCUGUAUCUAUAGACCAUCUGUAUAACAUCUGUAUCUAUAGACCAUCUGUAUCUAUAGACUAUCUGUAUAACAUCUGUAUCUAUAGACUAUCUGUAUACCAUCUGUAUCUGUAGACCAUCUGUAUCUAUAGACCAACUGUAGACCAUCUGUAUCUAUAGACCGUCUGUAGACCAUCUAUAGACCAUCUGUAGACCAUCUAUAGACCAUCUGUAGACCAUCUAUAGACCAUCUGUAGGCCAUCUGUAGACCAUAUGUAUCUAUAGACCAUCUGUAGACCAUCUAUAGACCAUCUGUAUCUGUAGACCGUCUGUCCAGAUAAAGUGUGACCAACCUUUGUAAUGAAACCGUUUUUAAAUGGGACUAUAUAGUUUGCAGAUGAAGAUCUCAAGGCCAAUGUGACUGUAUCAGGUCUGCAGUAGUAGUUAGGAGUUUAUUUUGAACAAAGUUGUACUUUCUCAAUUUACAUCAAACAGUUGAUUAAUCAAAUAAAUCAUAUUUUAAUUUCAGUCACCACGCAUGAAAGGGCAAUCUGGGAUUAGGGAAUCAAUUUAAAGGACUUUUAAAUUAAUUACAUAUAGCCUUUGUACCAAAACAAAGGGUGGGUGGCAGCUUUGUUGUUGUUUGUUUCCCAGAUUGCCCCUUUAAAGACCAUGUUGAGCAGGUCAUAAAUCAUGUCCUUUUGGUAAUAAUUAUAAUAUAAUAAUUAUCUUUGAACAAAAAAGCAAAGUUUGGAAUAAAACAAACUACACCAUCUCUCUGCAAUGAAAUACCGUACAUACAGUAUGUCAUUGUAAUUAUAACAUUACUGUGACUUUGGAUUAUUUAAAAAAAAAACAUUUUAUACUUCAGUUGUUGUUGUUUUUAUUGAAAAGGGCAUUUUUAAAUGAAUAUGUUGCUUUAAAAAUAUUUUACAGAAUAAAAUGAAGUUAUUUCUA